AGGCUGGUUAGGUCUUGAUUGUCCGAGCCGUGAACUGUGCAGUGCGUGCGCGGCGUGCCUAUACUUCGAGUGCGGAGGAGCCAAUAUCCAUAUUUCUAAGGGCAGGGCGCCUUAAAAAGGGCCUCCCUUUUGUUUAUUAUUCACACAAUGAUUGAGCUUGCAAGUAUCUUAUAUCUGGUGUGAGACCACUUCCCAUAUUACUUAUAAGCUCUUCCCCUCUCAGCAGCUACACGAAAGAGAAGAGACAGAGACGAUGAUGAAGCCCAUGAACAAUGAUUCCGAUGAAGAAAACACUAACAACCACAACAACUGGUUGGGCUUCUCACUGCUUUCUCCUCACCACCACACAGAAACCAACGACAACAACAGCAAUCAUCACAUGAACAUCACUUCUUCUUCUUCUUCUUCUGCUGCCGCUGCUUCUUCUUCAACUUCCACAACAACCUCGGACGUUGUUCCUCGGCAGCAGAGCAGUCAAACCCAGUUGACUUCCGGGCUGACUCUCCCAACUGGCAUUGAUCUCCACUCCCUCCCACCGCAUCUCAGCUAUGGGAGCCACUGCUAUGGAGUGUUCGGUGGAGGGGAGAAUAAUGGCGUUGUUGGUGGGCCCUACUCAUCCACAUUGUCCGUGAUGCCUCUCAAGUCUGAUGGGUCUCUCUGCUUAAUGGAAGCUCUCAACAGGUCUCAAGCCCAAGCAAUGGGGACAGCUUCCUCUGCUCCGAGGCUCAUCCAGACUCAACAGUACCCGCCAUUUCCUUACAUGUCGGCCUACAGUAAUCUUCAUUACCCAAUUGAAGACAAGUCCUUUCCUUCUCCUUCGUCCUCCGCCGGGAGUGGGAGUUGGGUGUCCUCGAGCUCGAGGCAGUUCUGCCCGGCAACCGGGUACGGAGAUUUGCAGUCCCUGAGCCUGUCGAUGAGCCCGAGCCCGCAGUCCAGCUGCAUCACGAGCUUGCAGCACGUAACAAACUCGUCUUCGGCAGUCGCAGAAGCAGAGUGUUUCGGGAUCGAGACAAAGAAGAGAGGCCAUGAGAAUGCUAAAAUUAAUGGCAACAUUAGUGGCAAUCAGAAGCAAGUUGUUCACAGGAAAUCUAUCGACACGUUCGGCCAGAGGACCUCUCAGUACAGAGGUGUUACGAGGCAUAGGUGGACCGGUAGAUAUGAAGCUCAUUUGUGGGACAACAGCUGCAAGAAGGAGGGCCAGAGCAGGAAAGGGAGGCAAGUUUAUUUAGGAGGGUAUGAUAUGGAAGAGAAAGCUGCAAGGGCUUAUGAUUUAGCAGCAUUGAAGUACUGGGGACCGUCGACCCAUAUCAACUUCCCGUUGGAAAACUAUCAGCAAGAGCUCGAAGAGAUGAAAAACAUGACACGACAAGAGUAUGUUGCUCACUUGCGAAGAAAGAGCAGUGGGUUUUCGAGGGGUGCUUCGAUGUACAGAGGUGUAACAAGGCACCAUCAGCACGGACGCUGGCAGGCUCGUAUCGGCCGGGUUGCGGGGAACAAGGAUCUCUACCUCGGGACAUUCAGUACGCAGGAGGAAGCGGCUGAAGCAUAUGACAUUGCAGCUAUAAAGUUCCGCGGGGCAAAUGCUGUCACCAACUUCGAUAUAACAAGAUAUGAUGUCGAACGUAUCAUGGCGAGCGAUACCCUCCUCACUGGAGAAAUGGCCAGGCGGAACAGGGAAGUCAGGUUCUGCAAUGAAAAUCUUAAUCAGGACAGUCCAAUGGUCGAGGGCCUUGGGGAUAUCUUUCUGCUCGAAAGGACCAGUCAUGAUCAUGAACCGACUCGGGAAAUGGAAGGGCAGCAACUCAGCAUUGGAUAUGAACUUGCACGAACUUCUUCAGAUAAUAAUAACGUCUUGGAUGGAAAUACCAAGUGUGCCGCAACAGAAGAUUUGGGGAAAUUCGGGAUUCACUUGUCGAAUUCCUCGUCCUUGGUGACAAGCCUGAGUAGCUCACGAGAAGGUAGCCCGGAAAGAAGCAUAGCCCCAUUGCCCUUCGGGAUAGUGCCUCCAAGUAAUAGCUUAUCAAAAUCAUCAUACGCCUCUAGUGCGAUAAAAAAUGUGAGUUCAUGGAUCCCCACGCCGCAGAUUAGGCCCGACGUCGCCGUACCUCAUAUGCCGGUUUUUGCUUCAUGGACCGACUUAUAGAUCCCACGCUCUACGAAAGAGGCCACCGAAUACUGCCCAACCGCAGUUACCAGUCAUGAAACUUCAUGAAAAUAUGAGCUUCUAAAGUGAUCGGUUCGCGAUUCGAGUAAUCCGGCCGGUAGAUAUCUUGACCAAUGAGAUGUGAAGGGUCAUAGUGAAUGAGGAUUUGGAGGGAAGGAUAGUUCAAAAAGCAAAAUGGAUAAAUUUGGUGAAGAGGGAAGGUUGAACAACUUUCAUGCAAUGUCUUUUUUUUUCUUUUCUUGUUUUUGGUUCUUUUUAAUAUUUUUUGUUCAUGUUCUUAUUUUCUCUUUCAACAUCUAAUAGUCAUUAGAGAAUUAAAUGGACCAGCUUUAAUUUUUUGGUAC